UCUGCAACCUGGAGAGACGAACACUUUCCAUCAUCACAAUGGCUCCACACACCGGCUGGACUACAUUCGUCAUUUGGGGAAAAGCUGAAAUCCAGUCAGCCUUCAGCCAUACCUGCCCGGACUUUGACAACGGCAAGCCCAAUGAAGAGCACACUAUGCUCCUCCUUGACAAGGUAGGCCAGCUAGGACUUGGAGAUCCAUCAAGUCGUCUUUGGAGGCCCCGCUUCAAUCUGGAGAAGAUGGCAACUACGGAGGGGCGACAGACCAGCCGGCAAUUCCUCGCGGAGUUCUCCUUCAAGAAGCGAGACCUCAUGGACCGCGCUUUCCUACAGUGGGCCAGGAAUGAAGACUACGACGUCAAGUACCUGACGGAGAAACAAAGCCUCCUCUACCAGCUGGCUGCCGCUGCGGUGGGCACCAAGGCAAACCGAACCCACAACGAGGAGGACUUUCAGUGGAGACUGGAUGGAAUCCCCAGCGAUCUUCUGUCCAUCGAUCCAGCUGCCUUGCAAUUGUCCUGUGGCAUUCUCUAUGAAGCUUACAAGCAGUCGGGAGCCCAUGAUCAAUUUGAGAACUUUCGCAGCUUAUUUGUGAGCUCCUUCUUGGGCAAAGCCUUUGACAAGACGCUGAGGUCCUCCAAACUCGAUGGAGCCAUCUUGUUCAUUGACACCAAGUCCGCUUACUACCGGAUAGUGGAGGAUUUGAGUGACAUAAUGGCUACUGUGACGCAGGGACGCAUGCUGAAGGAGGCUGGUGUUGACGGAGUUGAAUGUCGCGCCCCGGUGGAACAGCGAAACUUGGGCAUAUGGUACCGGCGGGCAUGGUUGGGAAUCGGGAAGACCAGCCUCUUGAUGAAACCUUGUGGACCUGGAGCGACGCUAGCCCGGAGAAAGCAGUUCCAUGACGGGAAAUCCGAGCUCUACCUCCCCGACGUGGACCUUCGCAUCCACGUGGCGAGCCAGUAUCAGCAUCUUGGAGGCAUCCUAGUCCAGAUGCCAACAAUAUGGCUUCAGACCAAGCACAGGAUGGCCCUUGCUCGCAAUGUUUGCGACUCGGCGAGGAAUCUUCUUCUACAGAACCCCUCCCUGGAGUUAAAAACUCGCAGUGCCAGUUUCGAAGUGGCUGUUGCCACAACGUUCAACAACCUCGGAAUGUGGCUGCCCUGUGGCAAGGCCUGGGAAGUAAUUCAGGUGGGCCAUGCCCGACUUGCAAGAAGGCUCCUAGCUGUCGAAAUCCGAGAUGAAUGCCUGCUGCACCUUGAUUGGCUGCAUGCCGGUCGACCUCCUGGCCAGGCGGCAAAGGCUCAGUUUCCUGGUCUCCCUUGCAAGGAUGGGCCCGGAUCUGAUCUGGGCGCACUAGGCAUGAAAAGGAGCGGCUGGCCUUUGUCAGAGAUGACCUGCGAUGGAUGA